AUGCGCGCCAAGCCGCCUAAUAACGUCCACCACAUAUACCAGUUUUCCUUUUCUACCCAGCAGGAUCGAUCGCGCGAGCUUGAACUCGAGAUUUCACCGACGCUCAUUUCUCCAGCAUUUGUGCACUACACCUUUUCGUAUGCGGCGGGACCUACGGGUGUCGGCCCGAUGGCGACUGAAGGACAGGCUAAUGGCAUACAAAACCCGGUGACGUACAGAGCCAAUAACGACGAAAAUAUGAGCGAGACGAGUACCCCCGAUCACGAUCAGGAAGAUAGAAAUGGAUAUGGACAGAAUGAGGAAGGCGUCCCCAACAAAAGCCAAAACGGCGAUACCGGGACAGGUACCGCUCGAGGAGAGUCGGAAAAACCAGCAUGGUCAGAAAUGAAGACAAAGGCCGGAAAGGAAAGGAAACGUCUCCCACUUGCAUGUAUCGCUUGUCGGAGGAAGAAGAUUCGAUGUUCGGGCGAGAAACCGGCUUGCAAGCAUUGCCAAAAGUCUCGCAUUCCGUGCGUGUACAAGGUCACGACGCGGAAAGCUGCGCCUCGGACGGAUUACAUGGCUAUGCUGGACAAGCGACUCAAGCGCAUGGAAGAACGAGUAAUCAAGAUCAUACCGGCUGGCGAAACAAGAGAUAUGCGUACAAUAGGACGGAGUCAGGUCAAACCACCGCCCCAAGGGCAGACCCCGAACCAACCAAAGGCAGCUCAACAGAAGAAGCGUUCGGCAGAUGAAGCUUUCGCAUCGAAAUUGGAUUCUUGGGUAAACCCUAAACAAGAUUUGUCGGCCGAAGAUUUAGUGCCAAUGAGUCGGGAGACGAAGUCCCACGAAGGGACUGACUUAUUAACUGAAGGCGCUGAAUAUCUUCCUUCAAUGGAAAUACAAGAACACUUAUCUGAAGUGUUCUUUGACUGUGUCUACGGUCAAUCGUAUCUCCUGCUACAUCGAUCAAGCUUCAUGCGACGACUGCGAGCUGGAACGGUGCCGCCCGUUUUGAUCUUGGCUGUUUGCGCUGUGUCUGCUCGAUUUUCAUCACAUCCGCAAAUUAACACAGAGCCAGCCUUUCUUAGAGGCGAGAAUUGGGCUAGACCGGCAGCGAGAAUAGCUUUGGAUCGCCAUGACGAGCCAAAUAUCACCAUUUUAACCGUCUUCCUACUUCUGGGACUGCAUGAAUUCGGCACUUGCCACGGCGGACGGAGUUGGUCUUUUGGAGGGCAAGCAUUGAGGAUGGCGUAUGCUUUGCAAUUACACCAUGAAGUGGAUCAUGAUUCACUCGGUCAAAAGGGGAAAUUGUCAGACCUAAGUUUCACAGACAGAGAGAUCCGGAGGCGCACGAUGUGGGCAUCCUUCUUGAUGGACAGAUACAAUUCUUCCGGAAGUCAGCGUCCGCCUAUCGGGAAUGAAAAAUUUAUACAGAUUCAGCUCCCAGUGAAGGAAUCACACUUUUUGAUGGAAAUUCCUGGCCCGACUGAGGAUUUAAAUGGCGAUGUACCCAACCCAAUACCAAAAGGUCAAGGCCAAGUGUCUGAUCCAAAGGCGAAUAUGGGUGUUUCUGCGUACAUAAUUCGUGCGAUUGUUAUAUGGGGCCACAUAGUUGAUUACCUCAAUCUUGGCGGGAAGAAGAAGGAGCCCGUUCCUUUAUGGGAUCCAGCCUCGGGAUAUACGAGGCUCAAGCAAGAGAUUGAUAAUUUUGCUCUAUCUCUGCCGAGCUCACUUGUUUUCAACUCGGAUAACCUGCAAGUUCAUGCAGCGGAGAAAAUUGCCAAUCAAUUCAUCUUUCUGCACAUUAUCAUUCACCAAAAUAUAUUGUUUCUCAACCAAUUUGCCAUCCCUUUGGCACCCGGAGGUCGACCACCUAAGGGUAUGCCAAAGUCCUUCUUGAGUGAUGCGGGCCGAGCCGCGGUAGAAGCAGCGCACCAUAUCUCAAUGCUGAUUGAUCAGGCGAGCGGCUACUCUUUGACGGUGCCUUUUGCAGGCUACUGUGCCUAUUCGGCCAGCACAGUACACAUAUGGGGCAUCUUCUCCAAGAAUGCUCAGCUGGAAGCGCGAUCCAAGGAGAAUUUGAGACAUACCUAUCGCUAUCUCAAUAAAAUGAAAAGAUACUGGGGCAUGUUCCACUACAUGGUAGAAAGUGCCAAAGACCGGUAUCGCCAAUUCGCUGACGCGGCAAUUCGAGGACUACCUGCGCAACCGAAUUCAACGGAUGAGGCGCCUUCGAUGUUUCAAUACGGCGACUGGUUUGAUAAAUAUCCACAUGGUGUUUCUAGUUCUCACUGGGAUGGUCCAGAGACCAAUAGGAGGAGAGAGAUUGGUGCCGAUGCCGUGAUGGGCCAGCGACCUGACCUGCAAAGUGUGGAAGACUUUUUUGCCAGCCUGUCUCCUAAUCAGUCGAACAUCGGGCCACGAAAGCAUCAGAAGCUAGCUAGGAGGAACUCGAGACAAGCUUCAUCGAUUCAGACAACACCAUUAUCGCAACCAUCUGCAGACGUUGAUCAGCAAUCCACGACCUCGAGGUAUAAACAACAACAAGAGCCCCAGCUACUUGGCAAGACGCCGGUAGGAAGUACACCGACGACUGUAAUAGAUCCUGAAACCCCAUAUCCCAACUUCAACGGCCAGGAUAUCUUCGCAGCUCCGCCUCAGAGUUUCAAUAUGCCAACUUUUGACUACAGUAUGAUGCCAGAUUUUCUCCCUCAACUCGACCGUCAUUUCGUCCACGGUGCAUAUACAGGCACGGACCUAUCAAGUCUUGCAGCAGACCAUCUCAAUUUCAUGUCAACUCCAACCGACAACACCAGCAAUCCGAGUAAUGCCAAUUCCAAUGCCAAUAAUAGUGUAUCAGCAACAAUAUGGACAGAUCCCUUUACGCCGUCUGGAACAGGCGAAUUUCAUCAACCGAGUGCAUGGUUUUUGCCGUUUAAUCUUGAUCCUUUUUCGACGGGUAUGCUUGGUGAUAGUACUGGCGGCAAUACAGCAGAAGUAGAUACUUCUGGUGUUGGUUGUGGUGGUGCGGGGAAUAUGAAUGGUGGUAAUGAUUUAUCGUAUCGUUUGAUGUAGCGAUGUAUAUAUAUAUAUCCACACGUUUAUAAUCGUACAGA